AAUGUUGCACCGUUAGUAUGAACAUAUAUUAUGUCACUCUUUAUCCACUUCCUACUGACCUACCUUUAAAGUAGUUGGCUACUUGGCAUAAAUAGUAUAAGUGACGCCCCGGGAGAAACAUGGCCUCCCAAAACGCGAAAUGUCAUUUGCAUCGCAGGCAAAUCCCAUGCUAAGCUAAAUAGCUAGCGCUAGCUUGCAUUAGCAUGCGAGUAGUUAGCAAGUUUGUCAGCCCUUACUUUCAACAUUCAUAUAAAGUUUCCACCGGCACAUGCUUGUGUACAUACUUUAUGGCAAUUUAAUAUUUACUCUGUUAGUUUUUUAUCAUUACUGUUCAUCGUUGCCGUUCGUCUGUGCCGUAAACGGUUCCAAGUAAAGGGCUAACUCUUCUGGAUCCAACUGUACAUGAAGCUUUCCCGAGGUUGUUGUGUCUAAGUGCUGCAAAUCCCAGCUUCUACUGCCUCUCAACAUGUCCUCCACCUCCUCCUCCUACUCCUCCUCGGGGGAAACUAGUCCGGAGGAUGUACCCCGAGGUGGGGGCACCAUCCGAGUCUACCUCCCCAACAAACAGAGGACAGUGGUGAAUGUUCGCCAAGGACAGACUGUGUACGAGAGUUUAGAUAAAGCACUCAAAGUGAGAGGCCUGAGCCAAGACUGCUGUGCUGUAUUUCGCCUUCUGGAAGGUCGCAAGAGGCUGACAGAUUGGGACACUGACAUCACUCCGCUGGUUGGAGAGGAGCUUUUAGUCGAGGUCCUGGAUGAUAUUCCCCUUACCAUGCACAACUUUGUACGGAAAACCUUCUUCAAGCUGGCUUACUGUGAUUUUUGCCACAAGUUUCUUUUUAACGGCUUCAGAUGUCAGACAUGCGGCUACAAAUUUCACCAGCACUGCAGUAGCAAGGUCCCGACUGUGUGUGUGGACAUGGAUACAGUGAGCAAACGGUGUGAUCCUAAUCCCUGUACAGAUGAGUACCCACGGAUACUAUUGCCAGAAAAUUCCCCAUCACAGAGUAACCUAGCCUUAACCCCAGAGCCUGCUGGGAUGGACCUCCUGUCCCCGACCUCAGCCUUUCGCUUCCCCAUGCCGGGUGGAGAUGGCCAAUCUCUACAGAGGCAUCGCUCCACCUCCACUCCCAAUGUUCAUAUGGUCAGCACAGUGGGCCCUGCUGGUGCCAGCAUUAUAGAGGAAGCACUAAAAUGUAACAACACAAUGGGUCCUGAGCCCUCACCAAAGCCCUCCACCAGCCCACCCUCUUCUCUUGGCUCUCCGGGUAGAAGACCGCCCAAGUCUCCCUCAGAGCACAAGGAGCGCAAGCCCUCCUCAUCUGAUGACAAAAAGAAAGUGCACCGAGGGGGCUACAGAGACUCAAGUUACUACUGGGAGGUCCACUCUCGAGAAGUCACCAUUCAGAAGAGAAUAGGUGCUGGCUCCUUUGGAACAGUCUUCAAGGGCAAGUGGCACGGAGACGUGGCAAUCAAGAUACUUAAAGUCACUGAGCCAACACCUGAACAGUUGCAGGCCUUCAAAAAUGAAAUGCAGGUCUUACGGAAGACUCGCCACGUCAACAUCCUGCUGUUCAUGGGCUAUAUGACUAAGCCUAACUUUGCUAUCAUCACACAGUGGUGUGAAGGCAGCAGCCUGUACCGCCAUCUGCAUGUCUCAGAAACCAAGUUUGACACUAUGCGUCGCAUUGAUGUGGCCAGGCAAACAGCACAGGGCAUGGACUAUCUUCAUGCGAAGAACAUAAUUCAUCGAGAUCUGAAAUCAAACAAUAUUUUUCUCCAUGAGGGCUGGACUGUUAAGAUUGGAGACUUUGGCUUGGCCACAGUCAAGUCUCGAUGGAGCGGCUCUCAACAGGUAGAACAGCCCAGUGGAUCCAUUCUGUGGAUGGCUCCCGAGGUGAUCCGAAUGCAGGACAGCAAUCCAUAUACAUUCCAGUCUGAUGUAUAUGGCUACGGAGUAGUGCUGUUUGAGCUGAUGUCAGGGGCCCUGCCUUACUCCAAUAUCAACAACAGAGAUCAGAUAAUCUUUAUGGUUGGACGUGGUUACUUGUCUCCAGACCUCAGUAAGCUGUAUAGUACCUCACCCAAGUCAAUGAAGAGGCUUAUCGUUGACUGUCUGAAGUUCAAACGUGACGAGAGGCCCCUGUUUCCACAGAUCCUGGUAGCCAUUGAGCAGGUUCAAGACCUGCUGCCAAAAAUUGAGCGGAGUCGCUCCGAGCCGUCGCUCCAUCGGGCCGUCCAUGCUGAGGACCUGAACCCCCUUCUGUUCCACACCACCAGGUUGAUGCCCCUUUAAGCUCCAGACAGCACGGGGCAGAGAGGUUUUUACCCUGUCCAAAACCACAGCAUUCCCACACCUCAGAGAGACCGCGACCCCUACUCUUCCCUGCCCCUGCAGAGCCCUGCAGCUGCAGCAAAACACAUUGUUUAGUCUUUAUACAAGUGACAGAGAUCUGCUAAAAUAGUGAAAUAAUUGUCUACUGUAUCUAGAAAAAAGUUAAAAUUCCUCUGCUUAUUCCACUUGGGAAAUGUCAUCACACAUUGACACUGCAUUACAUAUUCUCACCUACUAGGAGGUAUUGUUUAAAAAACAUUCUUCUGUUGGCCAUUUUCAGUAGGAAAAUGGUGUUAAUCUGGCCGCUGAGGAGCACUAUGAACACAGCCCAAAGAUUGGAAUCGGUUAAACAGCCAUAAUGCUGGAGCUGCUGGCUCUGGUCACCUGAUCAGCUUACAUAUUUCAAAUGCUCAGUUGUCAUGCGUCCCCUUUCAGUCUAAUGCAAUGAGAGAUCUGAGGUACGAAGCUAGUGAUUUAAAAGCAACCGGUGUCUGUUUCAGAGUGACUUGUAAAAGACGGGACAUUUUUUCUCGUUGGAAACCUCCACUGUUUACUGCUUUUCAGAUAUUUCCCUGCUAGAAUCUGUUAUGUUGUAUUGACCACAAAUCAACAUGAGGAGGAAGAGAAAGCUCAAACUAUUGGAAACCUCAGACACUAAACAGCAAAAUGUUAAGUGAAAAAUAAAAUAACUGUUAUUCUUUAAGUGUCUCUGCACAUUCUGUAUUGCAGUGAAAAACAAAAGUUCGACUUGAGUUCCCCCUGAUGUUGCAAUGGACUCAAAACACGGUUAAUCUCAACAUGAACACUUAAAAUAUGUAAGUUGAACAGUUAACCCGGCAUGACCUGGCAGAAGUGGCUGUAGUUCAAAAUCAAAUGUUUUUUUCUAUUUUGUCUGAGGGGGAGAGGUAUGCAUUUAUUCCUCUGUUGAGUCUUAAAACCUUUAUUGACAGAGAACAAUGCAAAAACAGACCAAGUUCAUCUGGUUUCACAAUUCUCUGUGGCUUAAGAGAGAAUUUAGACCGGUGUUUUGCGGCCUACACAAAAGUGUUUGAUAAUUUAUUUUGUUGUUAUGAUAUUUGCAAGAUUACAAAAUAAUGUUUUAAAAUUGCCCCAAGCAUUUUUUUCCAGUUUAGGGAACUCCCCCUCAACAUUAGUUCAUCAUUACAGGGCCCUGCCACCUGCAGAAUAUUUUCAAUUCUAAUGCAGAUUAAAAAAAACUGUAUUAAAAUGGUUCAGAUUAAGGGCUCUCAAUAGACGGAUUGCGUAGUACUGAUCAAUUCUUCAGCAAUAUUUUAACUGUAACAUUUAUAUAUUGAGUAAAAUCUGCUCACUGUAUUGGAGUGCCGUUCAUACACAGUCACAUAAAUGCAUUUGCAUGUUUGCAGAGAACACCAUCAAAUUCAAGGAACUUUCAUGGAGGCUUCUUUUUCCACCAAGUCCUUUCUUGAGUUUUACCAGAAUGUUAUGCGCUUCAGAUUGCAGGAAUACAAAUGAGAUGGCUUUUAAUUAUGUUGUUUGUUUAUUAAAUGAAUGUAAUUUGAGGAAUUGACAGAUUAUAGUUGCAGUCUUAAUGUAAACGGAUAGUUGUAUUGCUGCUACAUAUAGUGUGUUUGCUGUCAGUUUAUUUUUGAGCCUGAGAGGAGACAAACUGGGACUGGAGUGCUCCCCCAUGACACAGCUUCACAAGUCUUUUGCAGACUAGUCUUAAAAGUUUAUUCUUAAUUUUGUUAAACGCUGCACCAAGAUUAGCAAGAGGUUUAUAUUUUACAGUUGUAUGUCAACACGCGCUCAAACUAGUACUGUAGCUGUUGGGGAUGCAUAAACACUGUGAGCUAGUUGGUUAAAUGAGUCACUCCAAUUUGGAUGCCCAGUGGAAGGUGAGAGAAGAUGAAGGUGCAAAUACUGAAGGACUCUAUUCUACGAAUGACUGACAGGCCAGCCAAAUGGCCACAACCAAAGGCAGGAUUAAAAACCUGUUAAAGCCACCAGUUUUUUUCCAACAACUCUAACUCUUGUGUAUUGUAGUCUCAAUGUUAAGAGUCAUACAAAUAGGGGUGAUGGAGCACCUUUUUUGGGCAGUUCCCUUGAAGCUUUUCAUUAUGUUGCCCUCUAUCACACACAGAGUAAUAGUAAUGGUGUGAAGAGAGUAAAACAAAGCUUCAAGUUUAAAUCCUGCUUAUUUUCACAGCAAGGCCUUACAGUUUGAAUGGACAAAGCAUACAUGUGCGUCUCCCUUUUUUUUUUUAGUCCAUCCAUUGUUCAUGUAGGAAGCUGCAAGUUGAGUAGCAUUAAUCGGUGUUCAGAGUCAACUCAAACAGUUAUGAGCAUUUUCUAAUUAUUGGAGCCCAGAUUUUCAUGCUGGUUUUUUUUUUUCCUAUAAUGCAGGCAGAACUGUUCCAACACCUCAAUAAGAAUUGUAAACGAGUGCCCCCACAGCUGUCUGAUCCCCUCGGACCCUCUGGUGUCGUGCUUGUUUUUUAAUGCUCAUAUAUUUUAAGUAAUUAAUGUGUUAAGGCUAUCUACAAACUUGCAUCACUGUCAUGAGACAACUCAGAGUUUCCUUGCCUUCAAAAUAAAUUGUAGAGUACAGGCAUGUUAUCAGCACGAGUCACAGCUGUGCUGUUUUCCAGAUGUGUUUUUCCCGUCCUGCGUAUAGCUUCAUACCACACUUGGAGCAUUUCAGACUCGCACCAAAUUGCGAUGCGGCAAUCCGUUCUAAACUGAAAGUGACUGCUCAAUGCAGCAGCACAGAGUCACAGCACAAAGUAACACACAUCAACCUUCACUUAGUUGACCUGACAAAGACGACAGUAGUAUCUGGUGGAAAUAUUUCCCGUUUUAAUACCCAACCCACAAAUAUCUUUUCUUUUAUGUCUAGUGUAAUCUGUACACCAGUUUUGUCACAGGUUUAUUAACCGGUGGAAAAUUAUCCUCACUGUGGCAUCUAGUCAAAGAGACUGAAUGGACAGAGAAAAUUCCUCAUGCGAACAGUGUUUCUUGUCCAUCCUUGCUCUCACCUCUGGAGAAGAAUGAAAGAAGCACACAGUGACUCAUUGAUUGCUUGCUCACAGUGUGAUCUCUGUAACUAGUUGCGGUUGUAUCAUGACUAACCUGUUAAACAGACUCUGUGAGGAAGACCGUUCCAUUCAUUGCUAAAGAAUUGUUUUGUUCAGUAUUGUGUUUGAGGCAACAUUCAGCUGCAUUACAGUAAACAUCCACCAUCCACUGGAAACCAAAUGCAUCAUGGAGCAGCUAACUUUUGAUGAAAAAUGCAGAAAACCUGCCACCUUUUAUAACAGGUAGAUGAGAUUAAACUAAAGGUUUCAGCUGCAUAAAUCCUUCCUAAGUAGUGAUAAUGCAUCUGUAAUGGUGUCUGAUACUUCCUGGCGUGGUUGUUGUACUUUAGAGGUUGGUGUCCCUGCUCUAGUCUGAGCAUAGGCUGACAGUGAGACAGUAACAUCACUGCGCUCAAAUUGUUGGAUGACUACCUGUGCCUCGUAGACACGGAUGUAAUAAAACCUUAAUAAAACACUGCUCCUGUUACUAAAUUUAUCAUGGGAUUUAAUUGGUCACAGCAGGUAAUGAUUUGUUUCUUUGGGACAGCCUUAGCCCUUUUGUGAAUUAUAAACCUAAUCCCAUGCAAAAGCACUGUACACCAAUGUGGAAACAUCAAGUGUACAUGGCAGAGGGACACUGUGCUGGAGAACCAUGCCAAGAGCUGCUUUUCCUAUGUUACACUAGUGGAAAGAACUAUAUUUCCUAAAAGCUUUCGAGGCCUCUACUAGCUUUUGUUCACUGAAGAAAGUGACAUGCCUGAAAUCCAAUUAGAAAUAUAUAAAUUAUAACUUGUUUUAAAUAAUGUACAGAAAGUUUUGCUCCUCCUCAAACCGAACAGUUGACAGUGUACUGUGCAUCAGUCCCAUCAGCAGGACAGUGCUUUCAGGUUAACUAUAGGUACCUUCCAGAGUUUGGUAUCUGACAGUCAGUACAUUCGCUCUUCUGUGCUGUUGACCAGCAUCAAAUUCUGCUUGGUCAAGAACACCUUAACGGUACUCAGUAUGGUUCAGUUUCCUUCAAAUCCUUGGUCGUAAAGCAGCGUCUCUGUGAAUGAAGAGCACCCUCCGUUUCAGAUUGUCUCAACUUUUUCAGGAUUUUUAACCAGAGCCUAUCAUAGAACCACAUACACUUUAUUCUUGAUUUCUAACAUUUCCUCGGCACUCUUGUGUGUGACUGUUCUUUUUACCGGCAUUUAAAGUAAUGACAGGUAACAGUCAAUUCCAGUCCAGACACCAUGUCAGUCAAACUGCUGCGAGCUGUGUUGAGGCAAUCCAAGCCCAGACUGAAUUUUGUCAGCACCUUUUUAAGUUUUCUUCACAACUGUUGGUCGCCUGUUCUUUUCCUUGCAGCAGUGAUUGUACUGAUCAAUUCCAAAAACGGUACAGCUCACUGCUCUCUGGCAUAAUUGGUUAUCUCUAAAGUGUUAGCUUUAUAAUACUACUGAGUCAUAUAGUUUUAGUGUCACACUCGAGGGUAAAUGGAGUAGCACCUGUGAAGGUGAUGCUUCGGGUGGUUUCUGAUGUGAACUGGCCGUGUUUCUCUGUAUAUUAAGUCGGUCCUAGAACUGACAGCCAUCAGACGUUUAAACAUUGAUAUAAUAUUGUGAAAAUAGGGGCUGGGUACCCUUACUGUUCUUACUCAUUCCAGUUCUAUCGGUGGAUUAUGGUUUGGGGGGGGGUAUGUGAAGCAGAGUUGGGAAAGGCUUUCUUUCUGUCUUCCUCUUAUUUAUUGAUGUUUUACAGAUAUUCUCCUCUGCAAUUGCAGCCUCUUUGAGUUGGAUUAAAGGUUUAUGGAGAGACAUGACUCUUUGCAACAUUCAGGUCUUUGCUGAGCGCUUUCUCUUACAAGAAUGUUCUUUUAGGCACGGUACUGUCUUCUCCUCCAAAUGACUUAUUUUGAUACUGUCUCCUGCAGGGGCUUUUGUAGUGGCUUGUCUUUUUAAACACUUUGAGCACAAACUAGGUAUUAAACUUUUUAGCAAUAUUUUGUUCAUAGGUUUUCACUACGACAGCAUUUGUUUAAUGGCAACACUUCAAAAUAAUGUUAAAGUAACUUGUUAUAUGCUGGGCCUGAGCCUGUUCUCUGAUCUCAAAGUGUAGCUUCUAAGUAUUUGAAUGGUCUUAUGGCUGCUGAAUUUUAAAAAAUCCACCUUUUCUGAAUUAGAAGCUUUUUAUAAUCUGUAAAGCAAAAGUAAGGACAGAAUGUCUUUUAAUAUUUACAAAAUGCAAUGUUGGACCAGGUUUCCAGUAAAUCAAUGUCAUGAGUGCAUCGACUCACAGAGGGACUCGCUGUAAUAGAGGACUUAUUGUUUCCCUUUAAGGAAAGGAUAUUGUAUCAUUUCUGCUCAGUUUUGUGUUAGUUUGGUGUCUCCCAAAGAGGACUGCCUUCAUCUGCUAUCUAAAGGAG